AUCCCCGCACUACACAAUCACAAUGGCAGCAGCAUAUCCUCCCGGCGGCACCUUCUUCGACACUGUCAAGAAGAGCUUCGUCGAUGUCCCCGUUGAUGCGUCCAAGGACAACGCCAUCUCGACGACUGAGUUUCUCGAGGCUGCGGAGAGCCUGACCACUCUUUUUGAUGUCUUGGGCUCCGCAGCGUUCAAGCCCGUGAAGAACGACAUGACUGGCAACAUCAAGAAAAUCCGUGAUCGCCAGCUCGCCGCCCCAACCCUGUCAGAAACUCUCCAGGACCUCGUCCUUAACGAGCUCAAGGAGAAGAAGCACACGGCCACUGAGGGUCUGGUAUGGCUGAACCGUGGCCUCGACUUCACCGCCCAAGCCCUCCGUCACAACAUCACCAACCCGUCCAAGGAACUCGCCGACUCCUUCCGCGAUGCCUACGGUAACACCCUCAAGCCACACCACUCCUUCAUCGUGAAGCCCAUUUUCAGCGCUGCCAUGAGUGCUACGCCCUACAGAAAGGAUUUCUACAAGAAGCUGGGCGACGACGACACAAAGGUACAGGCCGAGCUGGAGAAGUGGCUCGCCGGUCUUGAGCAGGAUAUUGCCAUCCUCAACCAGUUCUUGGCGCGGAAGGAGGCCAAGUGGUAGAACGACGUAUGCAUUGAAAUAACGAAAGCUGCCUCAUGGAUCUACACUGUUUCACCGUUGAGCCACAAUGUCCCACGUUGAAUGCUUACAAUGUCUUCCCGCGAAGCAGAUUCAUAGGCCUCUAAUCCAAACUUCCCAUC